AUGUCGUCCCUCCCGUUCCUCACAAAACCUGCCUUCGCAAUUGCGAUUGAGCAUCUGACUCGCCAUGUUGAUACAUACUCGUCGCAUCUAUCGUAUGAAGUGAAGACUUCGACUUUUGAUAAAGAAGAUGUCUAUCUUGAGAUUACUCGCAUGGUAUCCUCUACUCCAGUCGAGAAUCCUACAACUGCAGCCGAUGAAGGAGAUGGGUUUGAUGUCGAUAUCGAAGAUGAUGAGGAUGAUCCAGAAUCUCUCCUGCCUUCUCUGUCGUCAAUGUCACCGACCCAUAAAGUAAUCUAUACUAUAACUCUCUCCCCAAUCUACUCCGUGCCAAUACUGCAUUUCACAAUCGCGCCAUUACCGCCAUUGCCACCAACUCCCGUUUCUCUGGCCGAUGUGUAUGAACUACUAGUCCCUGCGCCUAGAAGGGAAGAACUAGGGCGAUUGGGGGUCCAAGGAGGGAUAAGUCAGGGCGAGCAUCCCUAUACGGGCAGGACAGUGUGGUUUGUACAUCCUUGCAGGACGGGAGAAGUAUUGAGGGAGUUUGGCGAGGAUUUGAAGGUAGAAGGGUAUCUAGGGGUCUGGAUUGGAGUGUUCGGAGGGGUGGUGGGGUUAACUCUCUAG